AUGUCCACCUUCCUCGAAUCAACCGAAGCCUUGAAGACACGAUGUUUGGAGGUACAUUUGACUGAGGCUGAAAUUCAGGCUCUCAUCGACAACAACCUCACCAGUCUAGCGCGGUUGGCCUUUGUCUUGGGCCCGCCAGGAACCACAGCGACUGAUGACCAGAUUCGUGGCCUCUUUGGGGACAGCGUGACUCCAAACAUCGGAACCAUCGCUUCAACCAAACGACUCAUUUUUGAAGCGCAAACCAUGGUCGUUGGGGAGCUCAAGAACAAGAUCCAGAAGAAAGAAGAAAUACUCCCGACGACCAUGGCAGUUGCCGAGCGCGACACCCGAAUUACAGCUCAGAGAAAAGAAAAGUUUCAGACCCGUCGCUUCGAACUUCAACAGAAAAAACCAUCCAAAGAGCUGUCGUUGGACAACGGGUCUCUGACUUUGAAAGAAAAAAAGUCCGACAUGAUCUGCCCAACCAAGACAGAGCUUGAGAUUGUCCAGGCUUUUCGCCGCCGUGCUCUGGCCUUUGACCUGGUGGGCGCAUGUGAAUACAAUGUCAUGAACCAGUACCAGUCCGAGCUGGUCCAACACCUCCAAGAGUCAGCCCCGCCGGGGUACAACGAAGUCACAGUACAACAGGUGCUGAGGGCCGAUCGCGCAGCGUUUUUGCUGUUAGCCGAGCGCCUGACCACCCUGAAGCCGAAGCCUGACGGGACUAAGCCGCUUGAAGAAGCCUUGCCCACAGUUCUGUCGCAUCCCAGUGUGAGCUUCCAUUUGCUUCCACUGGCCAAGCAGCCCGAUCGUCCUCCAAAGGACAGCAAGUGGCUGAAGCGUUCCCAGACCAGCCUUGCCACGCAAGAGAGCCCCAACAAGUUUUUGAAGGUGAAAGGCCUGCACGUCUGUGCUGAGCCCGGAUGCGGCAAAGCGCAUAGCAGGUUCAACCCGCCGGUGCUACGCACCGAUCAGCACCCCGACGGCCUGCCUACCCUCACGGGUAUUGACGCAGACCGAGUUCGCCAAGCCAAUCUUUUGUAUCGUGUGAUCACGACCAUGAGCGUGGGGCCAAUGCGCCAUGGCCCCCAAUGGAUGGGCAACUUCCCACGAGACCGCCUAUCCUUGGGCCUUGUGUCGGUCGCUGGCCUUUGCGUUAAGAAGCUUUCCACUCCCAGACCGGGGCAUUUCGCGAGUGAAGAAAUCAGGAAAGGGGAGGCAGAACAAGUCACAGAAACCAAAGAGCACAUAACGAUUGGUAUUCAUUGGGCGCCAGAGGAAUUCGUAGCAGAAGCGAUUAGAGUGGGCCACCCAGCUUUGCUAGCUUCGAAUUUUCCGGUAGAGAUGAUUGAAGCCAACAAUUUUUGUGCCUCGAGGACUGACUAUGAAGUGGCCAAGCACCGCACAGAAGUUGCGAAAAGAUGGUUGAGCUUAGCCAAUGAUUUCAGCCAAGCCGAAGCAAAGAAUAAAGACUCCUUGUCAACGCGUAGAAGACAAGUUUUGGAGAAGAAGAGGCUGCAUCUUUUUGACCAGUUGAUCCGUGAGGCAGGACACUCCGACACCACGCUAGCAGAAUGCAUUCGCCAUGGUUUCGACCUGACAGGAAAGCUGCCUAGGUCACAUCUGGAACACAAUAAGGACUGCGCAGCGGUGGCAAAGACGUGGGACCUCCGCGACGCGUACAAACAAGUCCCUCUCUCUGACGUUGCCUUCGAGCUAGAUUCGUAUAUAGUUGUCUUCAACCCGAAGUCCCAGCUAGCUGAAAUCUACAAGCAGCGUGUCCUGCCCUUCGGAUCCGUCGCGUCCGUGACCGCGUUCUUGCGGUGCUCAUCCGCCGUCUGGAUGAUAGGGGCGAAGUUGUUGAAACUUGUCUGGAGCGCUUACUUCGACGACUUCUUGUCCCUGACCACGCCUGCGCUCUCCAGACAUACCGACAUUUGCAUCUCUGUGAUGUUUCAAUUACUGGGAUGGGAGACGUCAGUCGAGAAACUUGUACCCUUCAACACUUGUUGCAAGGUACUGGGAGUGCAGUUGGAUCUUGGACAAAGUGUCUUCGGAAAAGCUUUAGUGUCCAACACGAAAGACCGAAGUGCCGAGCUCACAGACGAGAUCGAUAGCAUCUUGGCUUGUGGACGCCUGAAGCGUCACGACGGUGAAAGGCUCCGAGGGCGCCUGCAGUUCGCGAGUGGACAGCUGUUCGGGAGAAAAUUCAGACUCCUCCUUUCAGUCUUGAAUAGGCAUGUCUCAAGGGGCUGGACACAGAUCAGUGACGAUCUAAGACAAGCCCUCGUGAGCAUUCGUUCGCGGUUGGUCUCUGGGUUGUCAAGGGUCAUCGACAGCCGUUACAGCGACUUUGUGCACAUUUACGUAGACGCAUCCUUCUGCCCAGGCGGAUAUAGUGGUGUUGGUGGUGUGCUGUAUGACAGCUCAGGGGAUGCGCAGAAUUUCUUCAGCUUCAGGGUGCCGGAUGAGUGGCUUGCCUCCAUGAGCAGCGAGGGAGCCAAAGUGGUCAUUCAAGAGCUUGAAGGCUUUGCUGCCUUGUUGGCCUUGAGAGAAUGGUUGCCGUCGUACCCUAACAGACGAUUUGUGUUGUUCACUGACUCGGAGUCCAUCAAAGGGUCUCUACUUAAGUGCGCGUCGGAGAACGCCGUGUGUCACAGGACAGUGUCUUGGAUCCUUGAUUGUCAGGAGAAUGCGUCGUCUUCAGUAUGGUACGAGCGAGUACCAAGUGAAUCUAAUCCAAGUGACAGGUUGUCGAGAGAAGAGGUCCUCUCGCUUGGGAGUGCUGUCCGAGUGGACUUCAAUUUGCAGGAGUUGUGGGAUGACGUUUUGCAGUCUUUGGUCAAGGGGUGA